CUGAGAGCUUGAUGAUUAUUGACUAAUAGUGACAAGUUUUCAGUUUGACGGGAUAUUGUAAUGAUUUAGCAACUCUAUCUAAAAAUCUAGAAUAGAUCUAUUAACCGUACUUUUAAGAAUGAAUGCCAUCAAUGUCAAUCGUCUUAAAAAAGAGCUUGAAAUGUUCACUAAAGCUCCACCAUCUGGAAUAUCGUGUGCUGCAUCAAACGACUCCCUUGAUUUGUUUACAGCUCAAAUAAUUGGACCUCCUGGCAGCCCGUAUGAGGAUGGCAUAUUUGAGUUGGAAAUUCAGAUUCCACAAAGGUAUCCUUUCGAUCCUCCCCGAGUGCGGUUCGUGACUCCAGUCUACCAUCCAAACAUUGACGAAUCAGGGCGAAUUUGUCUCGACACACUAAAACUCCCUCCAAAAGGAAGCUGGCGGCCAUGUCUGAACCUGUCCACUGUGCUCAUGAUGAUUCGUGUUCUGAUGGCGGAGCCGGGCUCUGAAGACCCCUUGAUGACAGAAAUUUGGCAGGAAUUCAAAUACGAUUAUACAACAUAUGCACAGAAAGCGAGAAACUGGACCAAAGCUCAUGCCACAAGCUACCAUUGUACUCACAGGAAGGAAUCGGGUUUCGAUGGAAAGACUGCUGCAGUGUCAGGGACUGAUGUCACAACGGGCAGCAUGGAGGAAAAACAGGACAGAUCUUGUGUGGCUCAUCGUGCUGACGGAAGGAAGGAGGGAAGGGAUUGUGGGGAUGAAAAUGAUGGCAAGACGAGCAGCAGCAUACGUUCGGCGGAAGAGAUAAGGAAAACCGCGAAAAAACACAAGCCCCAGUCCCAUGAGGGUGGGAGUCUGGCAGAUAUAAGCAAUAAGAAGGGGAAAUUUUCUUGAAACAAGUUGCCUGUUUUUUUUCCCCGUUCCCAUCGCCUGUUUAUACUUUUUUUUCGGGAUGCUGUACUGUAUGGAUGUGUGGGAGUGAAUGAGUGUGUGUACCGUCCAGUCUAUUUAUAACAGCCUCCGUUAUUACAGGAACUUGGAUAUAUAACACUGAUAAAUCAAAUCCUCGUUUAUUUUUUCUAUAAAAUGUAAGUAAUAUGAACCUGGCUAUAACAGGGUUCAAUCUGCGUAGACUCGGAUAUAACAGUGAUCUUGCAGCGCAUAAACUUGCUUUCAAUCCGUCAAAUUAUUAAGAUUUAUCUCAACCAAGACAUUUUGCCUGUUUGUAUGAUCGCUUGCCUAAACACUUACCCCGUCGUAGUUUUGGGGUCACUGAUCGAUUCGGUCUCAGUGUCACCAAAACAGCCCACUGGAAAGGGAUAUGUGGUAAUAAAAUAUAUACUAUAGUAAGCGGAAGGUGCAAUGUACUGGUAGUUUCCCUUGAUAAUGAUUAUAACAGGACUCGCUUAUAACAGGGAAAACUGUCGGUCCCGUCUGUCCUGUUAUAUCCAAGUUUGACUGUAUGUGUGUGUGUGUUUCUGUUUGAGUGAAUGAAUGAAUGAGUGAGAGAGAGAGAGAGAGAGAGGGAGACAGUGCGCUGAUGUGGGUGUUCAUGAAUGCUAAUAUUGCUUUCCUUGGGACAAUUUCUGUGUUGAAAAUGAUAAUUAAAUGGAUUUGUUUGAUAUGAAAUA